GUUGUCAGUCUUUAGUAGUAAUCUUGUUGAUGGCGUAAGAUAUGUAACGUCGAGAAUUUUCUUGCACUCUUUACGGAUAAAACAUACUACUCUGGCAUCGGAGGGAGAAAGAAGAAAGAAAUAGGAGUAGAAAGUACAAUUGAAACGAGCGGCUCUGUCACUCGGGCCUAAGAUACCGUUGACGAAAACAUACAUUGCUGUUCUAUAUAUUCGGUAUUAUAUUUAUUUUAUCCUUCGAUAUACGUGUGGAUAUCGCGAACGAAAGUAUAGGAUAACAAAUUCAAUUAUAGCCUCGAUCAAACGCAGGGUCAGCGCCCCAUUAACGCAAUUUCGCCGGUAAUUUCCGGAAGUGUCGCUCCUUUUAGGAACACAUCAUAUAGGAGGAUAUCUCUUACGUGUAAAUAGAUUAAAAUUAUCGUUAUUAAAUAAUUAAAUAAUACGCGUUCUUGCAGUGUAUAAACUAUUACGUAUAUCUAUUUUCUGUGAGAAAUUUGCAGUUCGAACUUCUUUAUAUCGGAAUAUGAAAUGGCAAGAAUUAUAGCGUGUGUCAUAUUAAUAACUUUUUUGAGUGUGUGCUUUAAUAUAUUGAAUGCAAAUGGAAAACAUGAUGAAGAUUUUAGUGAUGAAAUACAGGAACCACCUUACAAAAGUCCAGAACCUUCAGGCUUUGUUUACUUAGCAGAAAAUUUUGAUGAUGAAGAAAAAUUCAAGAAUACAUGGGUAUUGUCAGAAGCAAAGAAGGAGAAUAUUGAUGAAGAUAUUGCUAAAUUUGAUGGAAUUUGGGCUAUUGAAGAGCUUGACAAGUUUGCCAUGAGCGGAGAUCUAGGAUUAGUGCUUAAGAGCAAAGCUAGACACGCUGCUAUCUCUACUUUAUUAGCUAAGCCAUUUUAUUUUGAAGACAAACCCUUAAUUGUACAAUAUGAAGUUAAUUUCCAACAAGGACAGGAAUGCGGUGGUGCCUAUCUCAAAUUGCUUACGUUAGAUGAUAACUAUGGAGACUUGAAACAGUUCCAUGAUAAAACACCAUAUACUAUAAUGUUCGGGCCUGAUAUAUGUGGCAAGGAUCACAAGCUUCAUUUUAUAUUUCGACAUAAAAAUCCAUUAAAUGGUACAGUCUCAGAAAAACAUUGUAAGAAAUCAAAGGAUUCACUAGAAGAUUAUUUCCAGGAUAAAAUCCCGCAUUUAUAUACAUUGAUUAUACGGCCUGAUAAUAGUUACCAAAUCAAAAUAGAUAAUAAAUUUGUAAGUGCAGGCUCGUUGUUAGACGAUUUUAUUCCUCCAAUAAAUCCGCCUCUGGAGAUAGAAGAUCCCGAGGAUAAGCAGCCUGAGGAUUGGGAUGACAGAGAAAAGAUUCCCGACCCAUUGGCGGAAAAGCCUGAAGAUUGGGACGAAGAUGCUCCGGCGCAGAUAGUCGAUGAGACGGACAUUAUGCCUGAGGGAUGGCUCGAGGAUGAACCGCCUACGAUACCGAAUCCGGAUUCUGUCAAGCCCGACGAUUGGGACGUUGAGAUGGACGGAGAAUGGGAAGCUCCGGAAAUACCGAAUCCAAAAUGCGCGGAAGCUCCUGGCUGCGGCCCGUAUAAGCAGAAAAUGAAGAAAAAUCCGCGAUACAAAGGCAAAUGGCUGCCGCCCCUCGUCAACAAUCCUAAUUACAAGGGAAAAUGGAAGCCUAGACUCGUACACAAUCCCGAUUAUUUCAACGACGAGAAUCCAUUUAAGAUGUUACCAAUUAGCGCCAUCGGUUUUGAGCUAUGGUCAAUGUCUCCCAACAUAUACUUCGACAAUAUAAUUAUAGCGGAUGAUGUGGAGGUUGCGAAGAAAUGGGCGGAUGACAGUUUUGAGAUUCGGCGUGCUAAAAUCGCUGAAGAAACCAGGUCUUUGUGGCAACGGAUCGUAAUAUUUACUGCGAACCAUCCUUGGAUAUGGGCAGUGUACAUAAUUCUAUGUGCAAUACCUGCAGUAACAAUAAUGUACUUUUGCUGCUUGCGCGAGAGUGAAACGGACUUCAAUGAAGAAGAGGAAAGAUCUCCUUUCGGAAUAAGCAGCGAGAUCAGAGAGAAAGAAAAUGCGGAGAACGAAAAUCAGGAAUCUUUAAAUCCCGAACUUGCCACGCAAGAAUCUGCCAUAGAUCUAGAAGACGCAGAGAAAGAGACUGCAACGGAGGAAGUAAUCGAUAUUGAUAAGGAGGAUAAGGAGGAUAAGAAUGCAUCACUGAUCAGUGAGGAAGGACCACGACGAAGAAAACCAAAUAAAGAAUAGUAAAAGGAAAGAAUUAUUAAGAAAGAAAUUAUUAUUGCUGAUAUUUAUGUAAUAUUGUCACAUUCCACAUUACACUUGCCACUGUGGAUAGUAGGGUUACCAGACACUAGCAAAUCCAGUCACUGCAAUGUGAUCGAUAGUAUUUAAUUCCUUCGUCUAAGGACACUGACGAUUCGACUUCGUAUAUAAACUUUCAUUAUGCAUUUGGGGAAACUAUUCUCAAAUUACAUGCGCUUUCAUGUAAUGAAUGAUGUAUGAUGCAUCUGUACUUGAAAAUUUGCAAGAGUGCUGUCCAUCAUGACGGACAAUACCUUAAAACAUAUUUAUGUGUAUGUUUUCUUUUCGUUAUGACAUCGUAAAAUAUCGUAGCGUUAAAGAGUAACGUGUCCGUUUUACUCAGUUUAAUGUGUCACAGUCGGAUAUAAAUUAGAGAUAGCAAGGACGUCAAUGAGUUAUGAAUGUAAUAUGUGAGUGCAAAAGGAUUUGUAAUUUAUAUACAUAUCCUGAUGUGUUGCAAAGUCGAUUUUAUAAGAUUCAAUGAUUAUAGUAUUCUUCAACUACUAUGGUGGAGUCAAAUCAAUUACUCAGAUCGUGCAAAAGCAGUUCCCGUGAUUUUUUUUUAAACAAAAAUGUAUAAUAAAAAUAAAUAUUCCUUUUAAAAGGCAGCGACGUGAAACACAACAGCAUUUAUUAAACUACCAUAGCAGUUGAUAAUCGAUAGUUAAUAAUUUAUCUUUCUCAUGAAUUAUUUGAUGUAAUAUUCACGAACUUUAAUGUUACUGCGUUAUUUAAGUUAAGAAUAAAUCUAUAUGGUAUAUAUUAAUGUAAUCAGGUACUACGUUGUUUGUAAUUGCUCGACCAUGAAAGAAAUAAAAAUCGAAGAGAUGGGAAAGCUUAAAUAUAAAAUUGGAAUAAUACAAUAUUGCUUAAGAGA